AUGGCGGCGCUGCCGCAAGGCAUCGCGCAGCUCGAGGACCUGCGCGCGCUCGACGUCUCGCGCAACCGGUUGCGCUCCCUGCCGGCGGUGCUGCCGCGGAAGCUCGAAAUCCUCGCGGCGGCCGAAAACGCGCUCGCGGAGCUGCCGGAGGCGCUGCCGGCGGGGCUGCGGUCCCUCGGGCUGGCGCACAACGACCUCGCGUGCCUCGCGCUGCCGCCGCUCGCGCACCUCGAGAGCCUCGCCGUCGGCGGGAACCGGCUCGCGGCCCUGCCGCCGGCGAUCGGACGCCUCAAAACCCUGACGUCGCUGCUGGCCUACGACAACGACCUCGACGAGCUGCCGCCGGAGAUCGGCGACCUCCCGCGCCUGAGCGUGCUGAAGGUCGGCGGCAACCGGCUCACGCACUUCCCGGAGGCGCUCGAGCGAUGCGCGGCGCUCCGGGAGCUCCACGCGUACGGCAAUCGGCUCGUCGCCGCGGCGCCCGCGGACCGCCUGCUCCCGGCGCGCCUCGUGAGUUUGCGGCUCGAGAGCAACGGCCUCGCGGCGCUCCCGAAGGGCUUGGUCGCACCGCUCGAGCGGCUGCACGCGUCCGCGAACCGCCUGACGGCGCUGCCUGACGAGCUUUGCGACGUCGCGACGUUGAAGGUGCUGGACGUCGCGGCGAACCACAUCGUCGAGCUACCCGCGGACCUCGGCCGCCUCGCGCGCCUCGAGCGCCUC